GACAAACACGGGACGUAUUGUUCCCCUAAUUGUACCAUUGGUCCCGCCCCUUCCCCUUUACUCCCUUUCCUCCUCCCCUCAUCAUCGUACACGACGUCCACGACGCGUCCUCCUAUCAAAUACAUGCUUGGAAUACCCGCCACCGCCUAGAAUGGUGCGAGGAUGCGAGGCUUCUGCAGGAAUUUCAUCGGUGCGUGGCAACACCUUGCUCGCUUGCUCAUUCACGCUGACCCCCCUCAUGUGCAGGGUCCCUGUCGACGCCCGCCCUCCCCCUCCCUGCCCUACCUUUAUCCUUCCACCUCGCCCUCCUUUUCUCCCACUCACCACAUCCCGCCGACUUUGAUCAUGGGCGAGGAGCGAUUGAAUCGGCGCUACCCCUAUACAGCGCCCUGCGGAGUUUGCCAGCCUCGGGUAGCCUCCGGCGGCUGGGGGAAACCUACGUUUCCCCCCAGACCCCCUUCCCUUGCGCUGCGCGACGAUCAUGUGGGAGACGCGCAGUGGGGGAAACCUACGGUCUCCCCCACACCCCCUUCCCUUGCGCUACCGCGACGAUCAUGUGCCUCCCCCACGCAAGCGCUCGCCACGCAUCGACGACGACCUGCUCGACCUUCCACUUCGGCUGCCUCGGUCGCGCGAUGUGGCUUCGAAGAUUGGAUACGAUGACCCGCGCUUGCGCGCAGUCAUCGAUCCAACUUCUUCGCCUCAUCACUUGACCUUGGCAGUCGUGCGUGUCGAUCGAGCAUGACGACGUCGAUGCUAGCUCGCGCCCUAUAUUGUGUUCAAUAUAGUAGUAGAUAGCAAUAGACUCUCCUCAAUAAAUAAGUUGUAAACCACC